AUGAAUUACAAUAACAUACCCUAUGGCCAACCACAACAACAACAACAAUUCCAACAACAUCAACCUUCUUAUACUCAACAACAAUAUCAAAAUCAAUUAAAUCAUCGUUUAAAUCAAAGAAAUUUAUCUCAACAACAACAAACAAGACCUCAUCAAAUCCCAACCCCUUCAACUAUACCUACUCAAAUACCUAAUCCUUAUCAACAGCAACAGCAACAGAAAUUAUCCCAUCAAUUACCUCAACAACAACCUCAACAACAACAACAUGGUGUAGGUUUACAAAAUUUACAACAAAAAAAUUUAUCAAAUCCUUCUUCAGCAUCAUCAAAUAAUCAAUUUAUAUUAGCUGCUCAAACUAUAACUAAAAUUCAAGAAAAUCCUAAAUAUUGGUCUGAAAAAUUAUCAAAUGAAGGAGCAUCAAUAACAAAAGAUACAUUAUUUUAUGAACAAUUAAUUAAAAGAGAUUUAAUUAAUAAAUCUUUAAAUAAUAAAUUAAAUUUAAAUAAUUCAAAUAAGGAAACUUUGAAUAAAUUAUUAAAAAAUUUAAAAUAUUAUAAUGAUUUAAAAAUUUCCCGGAUGAAAACUAUUAAUUUAUCAAUGAAUUCUAAAUAUACUAAAACUAUUUGGGGUGAAGGUUACCAGGGGUAUGGUAAUGGUUUCACUGAUGGAUUAACAAAAUUAAUCUUACCAAAAGAUAGGAAAAAACCAUCAAGAUUAAAAGAUUUAAAUAUUUCAAAACAAAGAUUAAUUCAACAAUCUCAAGUACAAGAUGAAUUUAUUCCAAUUAGAUUAGAAUUUGAAAAUGAAAAAGAUCGUUUUAAAUUAAGAGAUACUUUUCUUUGGAAUUUAAAUGAAAAAUGUAUAACUUUGGAACAAUUAGUUUCAAUAAUAAUGGAAGAUUAUAAAAUUUAUAAUCCGUUAUUAUCAGAUACUAUAUUAUCUUCUAUAAAGGAACAAAUUAAUGAUUAUCAAAAUUUUAAAUUUCAAAAUAAAUUUGGUUAUGAUUUAAGAAUCUUGAUAAAAUUAGAUAUUAUAAUUGGUAAUAAUCAAUUAAUUGAUCAAUUUGAAUGGGAUUUAUCAAACUCUUUAAAUUCACCUGAAGAUUUUGCACAAGAAUUAAUCAUGGAUUUAUCAUUACCUGGAGAAUUUGCUACUGCUAUAUCUCAUUCAAUAAGAGAACAAUGUCAAUUAUAUAUUAAAGCUCUGUAUUUGAUUGGUUAUGAUUUUAAAGGUGGGUUUAUAGAUGAAGAUGAAAUUAAAUCAAAUUUACAAAAAAUUUUAACUCAUAAAGAAACCUUAAGAUCAAAAUUAAAUUUAUCACAAUUUACUCCACAAUUAUUAGAAAUUUCUAAUUUAGAAUUAGAAAAAUUAGAUAAAGAUCGUGAAAGAGAUUCAAGACGUAAAAGAAGACAAGGUAGAACCGGAAGACGUGGUGGUCCAAUAUUACCAGAUUUAAAAGAUGUUCCAAGAACUUUUAGAACCCCUGUUUUCUCAACGGUAUUACCUGGUGGGAUUGAUGUUUUUGAUAAUGUUGAAAGUUAUCAUAUUGAAACUGAAACUAUAAAUAAACCAAUUAAUCAAGAAUCUUAUCCAGUGGGUGGAAUUCCUGCAACUACAACUGGUGGUGGUUUAAAUAAACCUAUUGAUUUGGGGACACCGGGGAAAAGAAGAAAAGUUGUUUAUAAUCAUAUUCCUGGAGAAUCAUAUUCAUUAUUAUCCUCAUUUGAAGAUCGUAAUAGUAUUGAAGGAUUAGAAAAUGUUGAUGUGGAAAUUGAUAAUAAAUUAAAUGAUUCUGAUGAUCGAUUAAAUUUAGAACAUGAAGAACAGGAACAAGAACAAGGGGAAAGAUCAGAAAUAGGAAUAGGUUCUUCUACUGAACAGAUUAAUAGAGCUGAUGAAUCGUUUAAUGAACCUCAAAUUCAAACUAUACAACAACAACCAUCACAGGGAGAUAAUUUAAGUUUUAAUUUUAAUAGUUUGAAAAAUAAUUUUAAUUUCUUAGAUAAUUUUUUCAAUACUCAACAAUAUCAAAGACUUAUUGGUGGUAAUGGUAAUAAUGGUUCUUCAUCUUCACAAUCAGGUCCAAAUUCAAAUGAUGGUGUUUUUAAUAACUUAUCUGCAAAACCUGAUACUCAACCAAUCAUUGAUUCUGAUAAACCUCCAACUUAUGAAGAAGCUGCAGCAGAUUCAACACCUCCUUAUUGGGAAGCAAGUGUUCUUGCCCAAGGUUAUACAGAUGAAAUAUUUGUUGAUGGAUUACCUGUUGGUAAUAUAGUUAAUUUUUUAUGGAAUUUAAUGGUUUCAACUUCAUUUCAAUUUGUUGGGUUCUUGUUAACUUAUAUCUUACAUACUUCACAUGCUGCCAAACAAGGUUCAAGAGCUGGUUUAGGUUUUACAUUUAUAAGUUAUGGAUAUUAUAUGUUACCUUUAAAUUCAUCACCAUUAAAUGAUUCUUCAAAGAAAAUUUCCAAAAUUGAACCAAUGAAUCCAAAUGAAUAUAAUGAAAUUGAUUCAAAUUAUCAAGUAACAGGACCAAUUGAUGAAUUCCAUAGUGAUUUAACCAAAGGUGAACAACACCAUAAUGUUUCUGAUAAUAUGGAUACAAAUUCAAAUGGAUCAUUUAUUGCAUAUUUAGUUAUUAUAUUUGGAGUUUUCAUAAUCAUAAAAGCAUUAAUCAAUUAUCAUAGAGCUAAACAAAUGGAGAAAGUUAUAUUACAACCACCAACUAAUUUACCAGUUGUUGAAGAGGUAUAA